AUUUUUCGUGUAGAAGAAAAAAAGACGAACUCCCAUCAAAGUAAAACGCCCAGCAAAGAAAAACACCAGCAAGGGAAAAUGGAGAAUGAUCACUUAUACGAUGUAUCUUAUGGACGUGGCCAACUGCAGUCUGCAAGUUGCAUGAAGCUUUCCAUCCCGGUGACUGAUCGAGAACUAGAAAUGAGGUGCUUAGAUCCUACUACUUUAGAACCGGUAAGCCCUCAGCAAAAGUCACACCCUCAAAGCCCGUUACAAUAUAUGCCUCUACAGGAAGCUGCACAUGGAUCCGACCAACAACAUUUAACAAAUAACCAGGCUCCUCUUCUUGUUCUUCAAAAUAAUCCUGGCUGCUACGGCGCUGGAGCAGAGCUGGUUGAGAGUGCUACUGAUUUCACAGCUAAUCCAUCGGAUCAGGAUAUGGAUUUUUACAGUGAAAUGAAGUAUUCGAAGUCUAAUCACAGCUUUGAUGAAUUCCGUAUUCAGCAGCCAGCAACUCAACCCAAAGGUCUAGUAGACAAUAUCGCUGACGUGUCUGCAUUGCCUGAGUUUCAAACCUCUGCUCAGCAGACUAAAGAUAAUGAUGUAGAACAGCCAAUAAUUAUAUUUGGACCGACUGUGGAGUAUGUAACAUAUGAAGGUAAUAUUUUUUGGGUUAUUCCUCCAGCCUCUGCUCAGCAGACUAAUAAUAAUGAAGCACGCAACGAAUUAAGCCAACACUUUACAAGUGGUAUGGGUGAAACAGACGCCCAGGUACACCCUUCUACAGUUUCUGAAAUAGGUGGUACCUCAAAUUUGGAAGAUAAUCCUUUAUGGGUUAAGCUUAAGAAACCUGGCGAAGGUCUUAAGCAAUUUUUACGUAAGAACUGGUCUGAAAUGUUACGUCACUUGCCAAUUCCUCGCCCAAAGAACAGAGGUCGUACAUACAAAUGGCAGGAAGAGGAACCUGAGGAUCCAGCGAAAAUAAAGAAAUGGCUCAAUGCUAUCAAGCAGAAGUAUUGGCGUGUUAUGCAGGUCAAGGCCAAGCUCCCUACCACAGAAACGGAAGGCUUAUCAUGGCAGCAAACAUUUAUAGCCAUUUGUGAACAAACCCGUUAAUUAACUUCUGCCAGAACAAGCCGUAAUGAUCUUGUAAGUUGAUGGACACUGAAACGACAAAAAGAGUUGAAGGCUUUACAACCCAGUUCUGUUACAGAUCCUUUUGAUGGAGUCCUCAUCCAACAAACAUAACAUAGACAAAA